AUGAUUGCCAACCCCUCUCUCCAACAUCAACACUCUCACGACUCGUCCUCAUCUUAUCGCUCCGUUAGCCGAUCGCGACAUUCUGCUACCCCGCGAGCCCAACGCACAGAUCCCACUGCCGACUUCAGCAACCACAGCAACAACCCCGCGACGACGUGGUCAUCCACACCCGCAUCCGCUUCAGUGUCGGGGUCUACGCCCGUGCCUGCGGGCCACGGUGCUGCCCACGUGUCGGCAAGCGGCGGAGCCUCACGGUUCCCUUCCCCUCCCCCGUCAUCAUCGCCAUCCGCUGUUACCGGCCCUGCUCCCGCCGAUAAUGCAAAGACCUCGUCUAUGGCAUCCGACGCGAGGGACUCUGGUCCCCUAGGUCACGAACCGCGAUCCGGCCCAACCCCCACUAACCCUGCUGCCCAGCAGCCUUCUCCUGCUUCGGACGACUUUCAAAUACCAAACCCCUCGUAUCCUCUCUCAAGCGCAUCAUCCCAAGUGCCGGAGCAGACUGUUAUUCACAUUCGUGACCUUGCACAUAUUCAGAGCCUGGCUAGUGCCGACUUGCUGUCUGGCAAUGGCAGCUCUGGUAUUCUCAACGACCCUCCACUUCAGCAGAUGAAGUACGAAAUCAGUGGGAUGCCUAUCGGCGACAUCAUCGAGAUGGUUGCUGCGCUCCUUACCAAGAUCACCACCACCAAUGACCUACAGCAUGAUGCGAUGCAGCGUAAUGUUGCGCAUCAGCAGCAAGCCAACCAGUCCAGCGACACGAGCGGCAGCUCAAUCUCGUCCUUGAACCACUCGGUUCUUGCUUUCCAUGGCAAGAAUGUCCCCGCCAUCACCAUCCUCAGCUACCUGUCGCGAAUACACAAGUACUGCCCUACCACGUAUGAGGUAUUCCUCAGUCUACUGGUCUACUUUGACCGCAUGACAGAACGUGUUAACGACAUGGUGAUGAAGAGCGAGGAGGCGCGAAGGCAAACAGAGUCUCGUCAAGCGGCCUCAGCGGCCCCCCAAGACACUCCCAUGCGUGAUGAGGACUCGGACGAGAGUGACUCAGAUCUGGCGGAUGACGAUGACGAGGAAAUGGUUGACUCUAGCCGGCCCAGCCGUCAGAGCAGCAACAGGGGGACAUCUGCCUCAAACGACCACGCUGCUAUGGCAGCUGCGACAUAUUUCGUUGUCGACAGCUUCAACAUCCACCGUCUGAUUAUCUCGGGAGUGACAUGCGCAAGCAAGUUCUUCUCUGACGUCUUUUACACCAAUUCGAGAUAUGCUAAGGUCGGCGGACUGCCGCUUGUUGAACUGAACCACCUUGAGCUCCAAUUUCUGCUCCUCAACGAUUUCAGACUCGCCGUUCCAGUGGAAGACCUGGAGGCGUACGCGACUAUGCUGGUCGAGUUUUAUGCUCGUGAGGUGGUGGCCAAGAAGGCAGCAGCUGGGGCUGCCGAAUGA